UCCAACUUUUUAACCCUCACUCCUCUCUCUCUCGUUACUCCCUCAUUCGGUAGUUGGAGUUCGAAGUAGUAAUCUGAAAUUCAGAACCAAAACUCCGGUGACGGUGGCAACAAGCUUCGGCCCUUCAUCUCCCUCUUCUUAACCCUUACUUGGCAAGGGAUGCCGACUUCAGUCAUGGAGUGAACUUUGAAGUAUCUGGUUGUACAGCACAUGACACAUCCUUCCUUGCAAAAAAUAAAAUUCUACCUCCACUCACCAAUAGUUCCCUUUCAGUCCAACUUGGUUGGUUCAAAGACCAUCUAAAGUCCAUCUGUUACACCAAUACAGAGUGUCCCACAAGCUUAAAAAGGCCUUAUUUCUAGUGGGAGAGAUUGGAGGGAAUGACUAUAACUAUGCAUUAUUUCAAGGAGAAAACCAUAGCAGAGGUUCAGAGUUAUGUGCCUUAUAUUGUCCAGAAAAUCAAUGAUGCUACUAGAAAAAUGAUAGAUCAUGGUGCACAGACAGUGAUUGUUCCAGGGUAUUUACCAAUAGGAUGCCUGCCAAUUUAUCUCACAGCUUUUAGAAGCGAUGACCCAAUGGCUUAUGAUGAACUUAAGUGCCUGAAAGGCUUGAAUAACUUGGCAAUGUUACACAACGAUAACCUCCAAAGAGCCUUGAAACAACUGAGGAAGGAGUACCCUGAUGUCACUAUUGUAUAUGCUGACUACUACACAGCCCUUCAGUGGGUACUAAGCCAUGCUCCUCUUGUGAUGCAGAUUGAGCCAGAUGCCCUGAUGAUCGUAAAUCCGCAUGUGGCUAUUGUGUAUAUUUGGGAAACAAUCUCAUUGCGUGGAGUGCCAAGAAACAAGCAACAGUAGCUCGUUCCAGCACAAAGGCAGAAUUUCGAGCCGUUGCAAAUUCGGUGACAGAACUCAUAUGGAUCCAGUCCCUCAUUGCAAAUCAGGGUUUCUCAUCCACCUCUCCUCCAGUUGCUUGGUGUGAUAAUGUGGGGGCCACACACCUAACUACACACUCGGUGCUCCAGGCAUGCACCAAGCACAUAGAGGUUAAUUUUCAUUUCUUGCGAGAUCUAAUUCUCAAGCAGAAACUACUGGUGAAAUUCAUCUCCUCAAAAGACCAGAUAGCUGGCAUCAUGACUAAGGCUCUUCCAACACCACAGUUUCUUCAUCUCCGGUCCAAGAUGCAUGUCUUCACAAAGCCAUUUUGUUUGCGGGGGUGUGUUAAGGAUAAUGAGAAUCAAGAGUCCUUUGGAGAUCCGGAUCUAUCCUCCUAGGAUAAUCCCUAUCUACUACUUAGGAUAAUCUCUAUCCUGAUCCUACUGUAACUCAUCUUUUCUGUGAUUAUCUUCUUAUCUGUACAUUCUCUCAAUCCUUGUAGAACUCCAUUAUAAUGGUAAACAUCUCAUCUAUAAAUACCAUACGUCUGAUGGUAUUCAAUACCAUCGACAUUAUUCUUGAUCUCCAAUUAUUCUCUUGUUCUCAGUUCUUUUAUUUUCUUAACUUAGCUUGAUAGGAAAAUUAAAAACCAAUUAUCAAUCCCUUUUUCCUCAUUCCAUAUAUCUUUAUCUUGGAGUACAGGAUUUGAAGAGAAAUCUCUAUAGAAAGCCUGCUGUGUAACUGGAGGAGACUACAACUUUGAUUGGACAAAGAUGUGUGGAGCCCCUAGGGUUCCAGUUUGUCCUGUCCCAGAAACACGUGUGAGUUGGGAUGGUAUCCAUUUGACAGAGAAAGCUUACAAGUACAUGGCAGAUUUCCUCAUGCACAGCAUAACACCAGAAAUCCAAUGUUUUAGGUGCAAUAAUCACUAAGCUUGAUUAGAAAGAUAUUACUAAUUCAAUUGUUUGGUUCCUCAGUUUGGGUCUAGUGUUUUAUCCUUCUUGUUUUCUUUUUUUUUUUUUAAUCUUGUAAGGUAGCCAAUAAACAUUUAUUUGGCCCAUUGGAUUUCGUCUGUAUUUGACAUCAAAGUUAAAAUGUUGCAUUAUAUUGGAUUUCCUUUGGUAGUCA